AGUGCACCUCUCUGUGUGUGAUGCUUGCUCUGCAUUCCUUUCCACAUAUUCGUCCCCCCUCACCUUUUUUAUAUAAGGCAGAUGUGCAUCGCGCUGCAAAGCCUUCCUCCAUCAUCUACCAGUCUGAGAGAGCUUCUUCACCUUUCAUAUAGGGGGAAUCUGUAGUACACUGAAAAGCCUUCCUCCAUCAUCUACCAGUCUAAAAGAGCUUCCUCUCCUUUCAUAUAAAGGGAUGUCAACCGCAAGCAAGCCAGCUUCCCGGGAGGAAGACAGUUCAUCUUCAUCAUGGCUGAACCUGAGCUUGGGAGCUAGUGACGCGGAUGUUUGUAUGGAUGCCUCAUCCAAGGCACCGUCAAAAGUUUUUUCUUGCAACUUUUGCAUGAGAAAGUUCUACAGUUCCCAGGCUUUAGGCGGCCAUCAGAAUGCUCACAAGAGAGAAAGGGGAUUGGCCAGGCGGACUCGAAGGCCGGUAGCCGGCGCAGGCAUGGGCAUGGGCAUGGCCUUCCAUCCUCCCCAAUUCCGCUCCUUGGGUGUUCACCCUCAUGCACUUGUCCACAUGCCUGUCCAAAGAGAAGGCAACAGUGUGGCUAGGUUCGAAGACCAUGUCGGCUCUAUCUGGCCACCUUUUGUACUUGAAGAAGCCAUGGAGUUCGUGUGGCCUGGAAGCUUUCACGUGGACCCUGCUACUGGCAAUGUGGUUGCAACCGCGCCGGGGGAACCAGAGUUAGUGAAGCUGGAUUUGUCCCUUGGUCUCUGAAGGAUGCAACAUCCACCACUUUCUCCUUGCUCUUCUGCUUUCGAUUUGUUAUUUGUUACCAACAAAGGAAAGUUAAGCUUGUAAAAGAAUGGGGAGGUACAACACUGCUGGUUGGUACCGUCUCAUGUAUCCUUUUGGCUUUUAAAAUUAUACAGAAUCUGUUCCGCA